AUGGAACGUGAACUUGGUACUGAAUGUCCUAUGGAACAAGAUCAAGUUGACCAUGACGCUGCACAUGGAUCUAUGCCUGAAGAUUCUACUAAUGAACAGAUUGAACCUAGGAAAGAGGUGAACUUAUAUGUUGGAAUGGAAUUUGAAUCAUUGGGUGAUGCCUUUAAGUGUUACUCUAACUAUGCACACAAUAAAGCUGAUAUGCCACGGGAUAAAACAAGAAAAGGAUGCAAAGCAUUGGUGUAUGUAUCCCAAAAGGAAGAGGAUAAGUGGAUUAUUGCUAGACUUGUUUUAGAGCAUAACCAUGUACUUGCCUCUCCUUAUAGCAAAAAAUUUUUACGUUUAAAAAGGAAAAAAAGUGAGGCCCAAAAGAAUUUGAUUGAUAUGCUAGACCAAUCUGGUGUUCGACCAAGCAAGAUUGUCUCUGUUUUAGCAACUCAAGUUGGGGGAAUUGGAAAUUUGAAUUUCACUGAUCACGAUGUUUGUAACUAUUUGAGUACAAAGAGACACAAGGAACUAGAAAAAGGAGAUGCACAGUUAAUGCUGCAAUAUUUUCAGAAGCGACAAUUUGAGAAUCCUGGUUUCUUUUAUGCAAUUCAAGUGGAUAUAGAGGGUCGCCUUGCUAAUUGUUUUUGGACUGAUGCUAAGUCAAGGUCAUUAUAUAAACACUUUGGUGAUGUGGUUACAUUUGACCCUACAUACCUGACAAAUAAGUAUAAGAUGCCUUUUGUUCCACUAACUAGAGUUAAUCAUCAUUACCAGUCAAUUUUGUUUGGAGGUGCUCUGGUUUGGGAUGAAACCGAAGAAUCAUUUGUUUGGUUGUUGCAAACUUGGUUAGAAGCAAUGUUCGGGUGCCCUCCUAAAACUGUCAUUACAGACCAAGACACUGCGAUAACAAAUGCUGUUGCUAGAGUUUUACCUCAUAGUACACAUCAUUUUUGUAUGUGGCAUAUUGAGAAAAAAUUUCCAGAGACACUUAGCCAUAUUUAUCACCAAAACAAUGAUUUCAAGUAUCAUUUCUCAAAAUGCAUUCAUGACACUAUCACUCCAGAAGAGUUUGAAAUGGCUUGGACUGAGUUAAUUGAGAAGUACAAGUUGCAAAAUAACACAUGGAUACAAAAGGUAUAUUCAAUUCGUGAAAGAUGGGUUCCAGCUUUUGUGCGUGCUAGUUUUUGCGUAGUGCAUUAUUUGUUGGAUCGUUGGACAAUGAGUGCUAUUUGUGGACGAGAUGAGGGGGAUUUUUCUGAAAAACUUCACCAAGCUGAGCCGCUAACAAAUUCAAGCAUGUGGUUUAAUGAUAUAAUGGUUCGUUCACUUGGCAUUUCAGAGAAAGCUUCAAGAUCUGCAAAACACCACAGAGUUGCACUUCAAGGGUUGCAAGCAUUAUCUGACAAACUUGAUGAUUUGCCCUACGAAAAUGAGCAAGACAGUAGUUUAUCUAUUUCUCAAGUUGACUCACAUUCUGAAAUUCAUGAUCUCACUCAAGGUCAAACAUCUCAAAAGAGUAUAACUCUAUUCAACCCUGUGACAGUUGCAUCAAAAGGCCGUCCUCGCACCUUAAGGAUGAAGGGUGGUUUAGAAAAGUCUCGUAAAAGCAAUAAAUGCUCUUGUUGCAAAGAGAAAGGGUGA